AUGGCCGGGUCUUCCGAUCCCUCCCCGCAGACGCCCAGGGCGCGCAAGCCCAAGAAGGCCGCCGCCAGCGCCGCCGUCAAGCCGCAAAGCCCCGUCUCCCCCAAGUCUCCCAAGGCCGAAGCUUUGGUGCGCGUCCCGACCUUCCCGCUGGCCGCCUUCCUCUGGCCCGCCCGUAGCUCCGCAACACAAUGGGAGGUCUCGGCACUCACCUUGAUGGUGAAACCUCCCUUAUAUGGCGACUACGAGGCGCAGCGACACUGGAUGGAGAUCACGACACAGCUGCCGAUAUCACAGUGGUACUUCCACGACCUCCAGUGGUGGGGACUCGACUACCCGCCCCUGACGGCAUACCACAGCUGGCUUCUGGGCGUCAUCGGCUCACGUAUCGACCCGUCCUGGUUCGCUCUCUUCACCUCACGCGGUUGCGAUGACCCUACGCUCAAGAUAUUCAUGCGGGCCACGGUCAUCGUAUCGGAGUAUCUGCUCUAUAUUCCUGCCGUCGUCGUUUUCGUUCGCCGCUUUAGCCGGCUCAAUGGCGUGGCCACCUGGACCGCCUCGAUCGCUCUUGUGGCUAUCCUGAUGCAGCCGGGUCUCAUCCUAAUCGACCAUGUCCACUUCCAGUACAACACGGUGAUGCUGGGCUUUGUCCUGGCUAGCAUGUCCAGCAUGCUGGCCGGCAGGCUCCUCUGGGCCUCGGUAUUCUUCGUCCUCGCCCUGGGAUUCAAGCAGAUGGCUCUGUACUACGCUUUCAGCGUGUUUGCCUAUCUCCUUGGCAGCUGUGUCUUUCCACGCCCGAAUCCUGCCAGGCUCCUGGCCAUUGCUGCAAUCACAGCCAUCUCUUUCGCCAUCCUUGUCCUCCCCCUAGUCUUGGGCGCCUUGUACGAUGUCCGCCGAGGCAUCACUCCUCGACCGGAGCUGGAAGGGCCGCCUCCACCACUGCCCCUCUUCGCCUGGCUGACGAACUACGUCGACACCGAGGCCGCCUACUACCCCAUCAUCGAGCAGACGGUGCAGCUGAUCCACCGCGUGUUCCCCUUUGCGCGCGGCUUGUUCGAGGACAAAGUGGCCAACUUUUGGUGCGCGCUUAACGUCGCAAUCAAGCUACGGAAGUACCCUGCCGACCUCCUGCAGAAGGCGGCCUUGGGCAUGACGCUCCUUUCUAUUGCGCCGCCAAACCUGGUCUUGUUCUUGCGCCCGUGGAAACAACUCCUGCCCGCGGCGUUCGCUGCGACUGCUUGGGGCUUCUUCAUGUUCAGCUACCAGGUGCACGAGAAGAGUGUCCUGCUGCCUCUGAUGCCCAUGACGAUGAUGCUUGCGGGCAAGCAGGGCCUUGCGAGAGAGGUGCGGGCCUGGGUUGGCUUUGCAAACCUGCUGGGCGCAUGGACCAUGUUCCCAUUGCUGCAACGCGUCGACCUGCGCGUGCCGUAUGCAGUGCUCACCCUCCUCUGGGCCUACCUCCUUGGUCUGCCACCGGCAUCGCUAGGGGCCUACUUUGACGAGAGCCUGACGACAUCCCCCAUGCAGUGGGCUACGGCGCUGGUCCACGGCGUCUUCUACCUGGCAAUGGCGACAUGGCACGUGGCUGAGCUCAGCUUCCGGCCUCCCCCUGACAAGCCCGACCUGUGGGUAGUGGCUAACGUUGGUAUUGGGGCCGCCGGGUUUGCGCUGUGCUACCUCUGGUGUAUGUGGAGGCUACUGGUCGAAGCCGAGCUGAUACCCAAGUCUUGGAUCACUAAGAAGCCCAAGGUGAAGAAUUUCUGA